GACUGCACCAGACCCAAGUUCCAGAGGUCCGAUCGAUCCCAUGCGGCGGCCGCUGGCUGCGGCGGCGCUGCUGUGCCUGGCGCGGCAUGGCCGGGUCUUCACGAGCAGCCUUCGGCCCGGCCCGCGGCUGCGGAGGACGGGCUAUGGCACCUGGACGGGCGGCCGGGAGAAUGGCGUGCUGCGCCCCGCGUCGGUGGCGCAGGCCUCGGCCGGAGCUCCCAGCCCUGCCAUGACCCCGGAAGCCGCGGUCCAGGCGUUGCUGCAGGCGGCCGGUCCUGGUGCAGGAUCUCCGCCGCCGGAAGUGGUUGGAGCCGCGUUGAAGGCCACGGGCGUCCCCGCCACCUUGGCGAAUGUGCAGCGCGGCCUGCAGGCGGCCCUCGGUGUAGCUCCAACCGCUGCGCAGAUUGCAGCGGCGACGCAGGCUGCCGCCGAAGGGCUCGCGCCAGAUUUCUUCGAUGGCCCAGCAGGCGAUGCUGCGACCGCUUCUUUCCCAGCGCCAACCACUCCAGAGGAGGUUGUGACGCUCCUGUUGCAGGCCGGGCCGGCCAAAGAGAAGCCGCCGGCAGAUGUGGUGGGCGCAGCCCUGCGGGACGCGGGGCUGGAGAUCACCGCCGAGAAUGUGCUGCGGGCCCUGAAGGCGGCCAGCCCGGGUGAAGAGCCGUCCUCCAAGGACCUGGGCGCGGCGCUCAAGGCCGCCAUGGCGCGGCCUGGGCCGCAGGGCUAUGGGGUGGGCCCCACCGCCUCGCAGCUCCCCGGGGCCGCGGCGGCGGCGGCGCCUGGGGCGCCGGUUGCGGGGGCGCCGGCGGUGGGAGCUGUGCAGACGCCGGAGGAGGUGGUGCAAGCCCUGUUGCAGAUUGCCGGCCCAGAUGCUGGGCUGCCACCGCCAGAAGUGUUGGGAACAGCACUGCGUGCCGCAGGUCUGCCCGUUUCCCGGGAGAACGUGCUGCGUGCCCUGCGCGCAGCGGGCGUUGGCGGAGCGAGCCCUACCGAGGAGGAUGUGCAGAAGGCGCUCGCAGGCGCUGAGGCUGCGCCAGCACCAUCCGAAGCCAUGGCUGGGGCUAUGUCAUCGCCAGAGGAGGUGAUCUUCGCGCUGCGCAUGGCCGCGGGCCCGGGCGCCGGCACGCCGCCCCCGGAGGUGGUGGGCGCCGCGCUGCGCCAGGCCAAGGUGACUCCGCUGAGCGUGGAGGCGGUCGUCCGGGCGCUGAAGGAGGCUGGGCACACCUCUCCGUCCGCGGAGACGAUUCAGGCAGCGCUUCAAGCAGCCAGCCAUGGCCUGCCGGAGAGCUGAAGGCGACUUCUCUCAUGUUCCGAUGCGAUUUUCCGCUCAGCGGUGGCUGCGCGAGCUUCGCGGUGCUGGUGCGGAUGCAGACGCGCCCCUUGCGUGGGCGCGAAGAACCCAACAGCCGGAAUGUGUCAACGAAGC